UCCCUCUGCUGAGUCACUUCCAAGAGGUUAGAGUCUUAUAUUCAAAGCUCGUCCCUCCUCCUCCUGAAGGUUAAGUCACACUGUGGCACCAGGGGGAGACUUCAGUUGGCAGCGCUGCCGCUUUACGCACGAUCUCCCCUGGUCGCAUCUGGCCGGCUGUGCGCGCACAGCCGCAGCCUCCUGUCUCCGCUCCCUGCGUGCGGACAGAUGGAUGCGCCAGCAGCACCUGCAGCGGCACACUUUUACUUAAACAUCACGCGAGGAUCCUUCCUUUCUAAAUAAACGCGUGCAUUUUUUUUAAAUCUAUUUUUUCCCAUCUUUCCAAAUGGAUAUUUACGCCUCGGCUUUGUCACCGGCGCUGGAUAUCGGCGCAGGCUGCUACCUGCUGGUUUUAACCGUGCUCUCCACUGUGGGAAACCUGCUCGUCCUCAUCAUGGCGUUCAGAAGGUCGUCCCGUAUGAAGCCGCCGGAGCUGCUCAGCGUGAACUUGGCGGUGACGGAUCUCGGCGCGGCCGUCACCAUGUACCCCCUGGCCGUGGCCUCGGCCUGGAGCCACCACUGGCUCGGCGGAGACGUUUCCUGCAUCUACUACGCUCUGGCGGGCUUCUUCUUCGGCAUUGCCAGCAUCAUGAACCUCACCGUCUUGGCCGUAGUGCGCUUCAUUGUGUCCCUCAAUCUGCACUCUCCCAAGGAGAAGAUCAGCUGGAAGAAGGUGAAGAUGCUGUGUGUGUGGACCUGGCUGUACGCUCUGGUCUGGGCUCUGUUCCCCAUUCUGGGCUGGGGCCGGUACGGGCCGGAGCCCUUCGGCCUGUCCUGUUCGCUCGCCUGGGGACACAUGAAGCACGAGGGCUUCUCGUUUGUCGUCUCUCUGUUCUCCGUGAACCUGCUCGUGCCGAGUGUCAUCAUCAUUUUCUGCUACUUCGGCAUCGCCAUGAGGCUCUACUUCACCUACAAGAAGUCGACGAACAGCAACCACGUCCCCAACAUCAUCAAACUCCACCGGAGGCUUCUGAUAAUUGCCGUUUUGAUCAGCGUAGGCUUCGUCGCCUGCUGGACGCCCUACGGCUUGGUAAGCCUGUGGUCCGUUUUGAACGACAGCAGCAAAAUCCCGCCCGAGGUCAGUCUGCUGCCUUGCAUGCUUGCAAAGAGCUCCACCGUGUACAACCCCUUGAUCUACUACUUCUUCAGCCGGAGCUUCAAAGAGGAGGUGAAGCAGCUGUCGUGGGAGUGCCUGGGCUCCCACGCGCGCCAGGUGUCCAACAGCGUCAGCGAAAACAACGUUUACAUGGUCAGCGUCAACCUCAAGUCCAAGGAAGUGGCGCGGGAAACCUUGCAGGAGAUCACCGAGUCGAGACAGUGACCUCGGCGUGAAGGAAUCUGAAAAAUAAGACUGAGCCGAGAUGAGUUGUCAGAGGUCUCAUGGUUCUGGAAUGGAAAGGUGUCCUCUGGGUUAUCACCAGGUAACCGGGUCCUUAGACAGACAGGCAUUGAUGAUGGGUAAAAACUGUGAAUGUUCCAAGAACUACAAAUAUUUUUUAAAAAAAGUUUCCAAUUCAGUCAUGGAGAUGGGAUAUCUGACAUCUGAGUAAACCGAGCUUAUCCAAGAAAUGAUCACAAUCGGCGGGUUUGCGAUGUUACGGUACAUUAAAGGUCACAGAGAGAAGAUGCUGCGUAGCAAAGGUUCAAAGCCAAAUGCCGUACGGGACACUUACAAGAACUGCCAGAGAAAGUGGAAAUGUUUACUUUAUGGACGGUUUUUUCAUGUUGUGGAGGAGUUGUGCUUCUGUGUGCAUUGUGUGUGUGUAAACAAUAAAGUAGCUGUGGUGUCCUUGAAGGCCACGCGUUGCCCGUUUCCGAACGGCGGCUCAUGCGGGAACGCAAGAUUGUAAAGAAGCUGCUGUUAUUCUGUCUAAGCCUCGUGUUAUGAUGUGUAAAUGUACAACAGCUUUAACAACCUGAGCGGUAUGUAACUUUAAAGGCACCGUCUAAAACAGCUUUGUGUUGUAAAAACGAAACUCUGCUCUUAAAAACGACAUUUUUGGAGAGGUGUGACUGUUGAAGUUACUUCUGUAAAGCACAAUUCAAGGACAUAAAGGACGCAGUGGUUCUGCUUUUGUAUCCGUUUGGCAAGUAGUCAAAAAAGUGAAAUAGCAGCACUUUUGGGUUACACUUUUAGUGUUUUGUUGCUGAAGUGAGGCUAGCUAUUUAUCUAGUCGUUGGAAAAACUCCAAAGAUGCGUCAUGACAUGUCUUUAAAAAAAAACUUUGCAACUUUUCUAGCUACGCUGAUUGUGGCGUAGAGGCAAAAAUGCAUGUGGAUCACAGAAAAUAACUGGUUAAAAAGCCGUGGUUGACACAUACGUGGAUGCAUUUGAUUUGUCACUUUGCUUUUGUUGUCUGGAGCAAAUGUAGUGUAACCGAAUGCAUCAGAAUUCAUCAAAUAGUGAGGCGUUGCAUGUUAAGACGAUUAAAACCAUGCAUAAUUUACCAACUUAAGAGCAUGCUUGCUCUGUUUUACUGCUUAUUUUAAUAAUAUAAAUGUUUCCUGCACUACUAACAGCUCAUAAAAGGAAUAAGAAUACUUUAGUAAAUAUAAGUAAAAUAGCUGAUUUACGAGGAGGUUGCUAGUUCCAUCCUGACCACUAGAUGGCAAUAAUAGCAACACACAGCACCUUUAAACGGAUUUGUGGUUUUCCUCUCCUGCUGAAUAUAGAUUUCAUCUCCAUUAUCAUAAUUUUCAUCAGUUUAAUCCUUUUUUUUUGUACUUUGGGGAACCAAAACAAUAUUGCAAAGAAUUCGCUUAGUAAAAUCUGCCCAAACCUUGUAGAAGAAUUUGUUUGCUGCAUUCUGACCUGAUCAGGCCAGAUUUUUUUGUUGUUGUUUGAGGUUUUCUCUUUUAUUCACUCUCUGUAUUGAUCAAAAAGAGUUUAUGGUACAAUCAGGCUGAACCACAUUGUUACACUGAAACCAGACAAGCACAUUAGUGAGGUUAACGUGUUUUGCAGGUACUAAUGACAAAGUGCGUCACUUUUUAGUCGCUAUUCUCCAUCUUUUCCCUUCUUAUUGUUAUGACAAUGUGCCUUUCAAAGCUAUUCAUUCUCCUGGUUCGCUUUCACAUUUUGUCACAGUACAAUCACAACUCUGUACUUUGUUGAGAUUUUAUGUAACACAAAGUUCUGCAUAAUAGCUAAGUGGAACAGCCCCCUCUCCCCCUCACCCAAAAUUAGCGCUUUUUAACUCCUUACAUUAAAAAGUAAUCUGGUGACAUUCAUUAAACCUGAAAAUAUUCCCCUCUUUUUUUGCAUAUAGUUGCUCAAACUCAGUUUCAGGCUCAUCUAUGAGCAACUACUUGCAAGUCUUACCACAUUCUCAAUUAAAAUUUUGGUCUGGACUUUGACUGGGACAUUCGAACACAUGAACAGACUUUGUUCUUAACCGUUAGAGUGGUGUGCUCAUACUGAACACACUACUUUGCUUUGGCCUACAACAUGAAGACCUAAUAAGGUAUACUGAAGGUUGUUGUUUACUGUGCGAAUACUUUUGGAGGCCACAAUAUAACCACCAAUGAAAAUAUAAAAACAUUCAAAUUAAAGAACCGCUUUUGCUUCAUACUAUGAAAAGUAUGCAGCGAACCAACACUAUUUUCACUUGGCUGUUUUUACCACCUGUGCUGAAAGCAGUGCUGCAUUGCAGGGAAAUUUAAACCUUCAGCGGGUUCCUGCGCACUGUCGUGUAAAAAAAGGACCAGGUUGGGUUAAAGUCGUUUUUCACAUUCUCAGCCACAACACGGGCGAGCGAGGGAACGCAGCAUUUAAAACGCCUCAAGUCUCACUUAACAUACUGCGCUGUGAAAACAAAACUUGAAUCCGGAGAAUGGUUGCAACCCAUCUGUGCCAAGUCUGCCUGAUUAUCAGAUGUGAAAAUAGCAUUAGUGUUCUCACUUCGAGGUUAGGAACUUUAUAUACUGAGAGGAAUCGAGAGGAAAGUUGGACAUUGUUAUUUACAUACACUACGCCGCCGCAGUUUUUCUACAAUCCAGACUGCUUCUGCAAACAUUUUGUGAAAGAAUGGGUCGCCCUAAGGAGCUCAGCGAAUUCUAGCGCGUUACCUCGCUUUUAAGUAUUCCUCAGUCAGCUGUUGGUGGUAUUAUAACGGAGCAGAAAGGAUUGGGAUCGACAGAAACUCGGCCUGAAAGAGGCGAGCCCUGUGAAAUCACAAAAGUGGGAUCAGAGGAAGGUGAAGUGCCCGAGUGCAAACAGAGCUUUUACUGGAGGGGAUUCCUGAUCAAGCAGCUAAAUUGAACUCUUGCGUCAUCAAAAAGUAAUUCCGGUAAAGGGAGCACUUAAUGCUUCAGGAUCAUUUCAUCCCAACGGAUGACUGUUUCCUGCUCCAACAUGAUUGCUAAAAAGCCAGGACCACAGGGACACGGAUGAAGAACUUGAGCGGUCGGCACAAUCCUGACCUCAACCAGACAGAACAUCACCCAGAGGAGAGACUGCUUCAUCCACCGUCAGAGUCCAACCUCGUACAUUACACAAAUGCACCCCUACGCCCUGCGGAACGCCACUUUUGGUUACUACUGCAGGCCAUUAGCUCUAAAGCUAAUCAUGAUUUCAUUAAAGUAAAGAGGCUAAAGGGGAAAACACAUCAGCAGAGUGUGGCACGGGUCAUAAAAUAGGAGUAUUGUGUUUAAUUAUAACAAACCACAACACUGUGCACAACAUUCACCGGUCAAUCUCAGUUUCAUUCUGUUUAUUUGCGUGAACGAUUUUCAAGCAUAACCAGUGGUUAAAAUGUAUACUUUGGGUAUAGAUCAAAGUAUAGAUCGCUGGACAGUUAGCACAUGUUAGCACACAGGUGUGCUAAGAAUGAACACACUUAUGUUACUUAUGUCAUUACAACUACACCGCUCUUGGCUUGCCAGACUUAUUUACUGCGGGUGAUGUAUUGUCUGGUCUCACCGUCUGAACAGAGCUCAACCUUAAAAACAAAAAGCUUUAUUAGAUUCAAAUGUCGUCAGCAGCUUGGCAGCAUGAAAAACGUAGCUGUCUAGUUUUUGUACGUCCCACUGAAUGGAAGAGUUUAGCAAACAAAGUGACCUUCAGUCUGCAUUUUGUUCAGUAAACCUGUCUGGAAAAAUAAUUGCAUUUAACCCGCCGUGCGGUGCACGUCUGUAUCUGCGAACGUAAUAUGAGCUGCUUUGAGAGUAUUAUUUUUAUUUAUUUAUUCUUUUCUUUGGAAAAAAAAAAAAAGACACAACUCUUCCCCACUGUAAAUAGCGCAGAAUUUUACUUGUGUGCAAUAUUAUCUUUUUCUUUUCUUUUCCUCGAAUCGUGGAGUUGCUGUUGAACAUUUUGUUUAGCAACUUGAGAAUGUAAAGCUCGGACUUUUGAGCAUCUUUAUGUGCACAAGUUACUGGUCGUAUUAAUGAAUAAACACAUAAUGAGUACAAACGCAAUGCAGUGGCAGUUAUUAUGGUUUACAUGGAUACGUCAUUUAUAUCCAACAUACUCAUGGUAGAAGUCGUCUCGAAUUCAAACACUUGGAUCUUACACCCCUUUUGUUGCUUUUUAGAAAUCGAUCCUCAGCAAAAUUUAUCUUUUUGAUAGAAAACAAAUAUAAAAACAGCCUGUAAUGUCAAAGUGAUUUUUUUUAUUUUAUUUUCGUUACUGCUGAUCCCCACACAGUUUUGAAAGGAAGAACGGAGUAAAAUUGCAGCGUCCGGAUGUGUAGCACUGACAGAGAGCUGUCCAAACAGACAUCAUGCUUUGAUCGCAACCAAAGGAGAAACUACUGAAAUCUGACUGGAACGGGGUGAAUAUUUAAGGAAUAUUUCAUCUUUUUAUUCGUCAUUAUUUACAUCGUCAUUAUCAUUUUUAUCAAAAAAGCUCAAAUUUCUUGUAAUUGAUCCCUAUGAGCAAUAAAAGGGGUAAAACAUCAAAAGUGGUGAAUGUUGUUUUUUUUUUUUUAUAGGAACCGAACAGGAAAGGCAUUUGUUGUGAAAUGGUGAUAUUUAUAUGCCGUGAUGAUCAUAACAGCCUUGCUGUGUGUAGGUUUCGUCACAUGCACAGUUGACAUGUUCCCAUGUGCAAUGAAACACUUUGCUGUCUGCAAGAAUGCCGGUCAAAAAGGUAAAAGCAAAAAGAAAAAUGCAUAGAAGAACUUGGAGAAAAAGUAACAACACCAUGUACAAACAGAGAAAAAUAAAACAAAAAUAGAAAAAUAAU